CGAUGAGUACGCCCUUGCUGCUGCAUUAUUCCCAAGAAAGGUUCUUAAGUACCACCUUCUCUGCACCCGUAAUAAAAACGCCUUGAUUACUCUAGUCACUUCAUCCAAUUCACAUCCACGAGCUCUCAGCCAGUAUACAUCUAUCGUGUACCGCUCAUUAUGGCCGCUAUCGUGGGCUUCCCAACCCAGUCAGAGCCAAAUAUAAUCCCCGACUACGAGGUCAGGCUCUUGCUCAAUCCGACAGCGGUUCUUGGCCCUGAACAUGAGCUAACGAGUACUGUUUUAUCGGCCUUCCAUAUUGCCCCGACUGUCACUAGGAUGAAUGUCCAGUUCCUCGACAACGGCUCCAAGGAGAUCUAUCUCGCCGGCUGGAGCACCCGUAUCCGCAAGACCGAAAACGAGAACGACUUCGAGUUGACGUACAAGAAGCGGUAUCCCGUCGUGGGAGGCGAUGUUGUUGCCGCUCUUACUGUGGCUAAUAGAGAUGGUUUCAACGCCAGUAGCACAAAAUAUAAGGCGCAAGUGGAAUGGGGUUACCAGAAGCAGACACUUUCUAUCAGCCGCAAGAAAACCGCAACGGAUACCAGGGCUAGCGGAAUUGACCUACCGGAUAUCACCAACUCCCGUAAAAUGCUGAUCGAUGAGGCGCCGGAUAAAUUCGACAACUUUGAGAGCAACAAAUGGGGCACCGCCGCGUUAGCUGUGUCGCGCAUCUUUGGGCCAGUCCUCGUCAGGCGCUCCACCGGCUUAUGGAAAGCAAUGCAGCUAUACCUCGAGAUCUGGCCGAUCUUGAACUCCACAGGCACAGGAAUCGAGUACAUCGUUGAGGCUUCUUUCAAAACAACGAGUCGAAUCACAGCCUCGGUUGAGCAGGCAGACUUAGCUGCCUAUUUGGAGAGCCAGGGCUGGCUGCUCGUGCAGGACUCGCUAAAGACACAGCUCAUUAUGGAGCGCUACUAAUGUGGCGUGUUUGUGGGUCAGAGAUCCUCUGUAUUGAAUUUAUACAAGAAUCAUGCCUGAAAUCAUUAUGUGCUCUACUCACGAAGGAAUACAUAUGCGACUCCCGGAAGAACUCUAAAUAUAGACCAAUGAAUCUUAGCGUAAGGGGCAGAAAAGAAUCGAAGAGUGGGG